AUGUUCAGCUCAUCUCUGGCUAGACCGCCGACAAACAUGACAACAAGAUCAGGGAAACGUACCAACAACACAAUAAUCAGGAAGAGCUUACGGAUCCAGGCAAAAUUGCAAAAGAAAAAUGCUGAGCAUGAUUUAGAUGUAAAAAGGUAUCAAGAAUUGCUCAAGAAGAAUCUAGAAAAUGAUAUUCCUCCAAAACGAGUGAAAGGGAAGAAAAAAGCAAGUGGUAAACCUGAUGAUCAAAAUGUACUGGCGCCCUUAAUGCUUCCGCAACGACCAAAGUUUACUAGUACCCAAAAGGCAAAUGAAGAAAUCAAGUCCAACUAUUCAAAUACAGAUGCAUUGCCUCCAAGCCUAAUGCAAGCUAGGACAAAAUCGUUUGAAAAUAGAGUACAACUACAAUACACCUACCCUGAAUUGAUUAAACUAAUCAAUGAUAAUUUGUCUCGAAACACAAUUGAUAUAUCAUUAGUCCAUAACUUUGCUCCCAAAAAUCUAGAAUUAGAACAACAAAGAUUUGCAAUUCCAUCCAAUUUCUAUAAACAAACCAAUUAUUCAUCGUCCAUAACUGAUGAAAUAGAAUUUUUCUUUUGUGAAACUAUAAAAAAUGAACUACCUUUAGUUUAA